CUCGUUCAUUGAGCGCUGGUCCAUUGAGCGGGUCUCGCGCUCAUUACCGCUCCGCCGGCCGGCCCGCGCACGCACGUCGCGCUCCGAUCCGAUCGCUCGCCGCUCGCCGACGCACGGACCCGCUGCCCACCAGCCACGGCUCCCAUCUCGCCACACGACAUGGAGAACUUCAAAUCUCACAUUUGGUUUGCCGCCGCGGCGCUUUUGGCGACGUGCGGAUUCUGCGCCAGCGCCGGCGUUGGUGGAAGGAAGCCGUUCACGCCGUCCGACUCCAUCCUGGACAUCAUUGACACCAAGCAGGUGGAGAGGUUCCUCGCGGAGCGAAGGCGCGCUGAGCAGGCCACCGCCUCCUCCACCACUUACGUGCAAAGAAAUGAAUUGGGCGACGGAAGCUCGGAGGCAGGUUUGGUAGUGUCAGUGCCGGAUCAGGACGAGAGCACCGAAUUGCCUCCGGGAAUUGAUUUUCGAAAAACUUUGAAAUCAUCUAAAAAUGCUUUACUCGUAACGAAGAAAGAAUAUUUGAAGGAAGAUUGGUGCAAAACGGAACCGCUACUACAGAAGAUUCGCGAGCCGGGGUGUUUGCCGGCGACUGUGGUCAAUAAAUUCUGUUACGGACAGUGCAACUCGUUCUACAUACCGAAAGGGCCGCGCCGUCGCGACAACACCGACCGCCCGCAGCCCGCGUUUAAGUCGUGCUCCUUCUGCAGGCCCAAGAACUUCACCUGGAUAACUGUGACUCUGCGUUGCCCCGGACAAAACCCUCCGUUCAGGCGGAAGCGUUUACAGAAAAUCAAACAGUGCAAGUGUAUAUCAGUGGGUGUGAAUUGACGGAGUUGUGGCGAUGGUCCCUCCAUACUAGCGACGGUUCGGCCGCAGAGGCUUGCGAGCGAGGUGCGCGGGCGCCGAUGAAGCAGAUCAGCAGAAGCGCGGAGCUUCGAUGAGUUGGCGCUACGUUACCGAAUUGUUUUGUUUUCGAUCGCGUGUUGGACUGUGCGAACUAGUUGAACAGAAUCAGUUAACGUGCUCUCAUACGUCAGUGGAGAUGACGUAAUUUGAUGCACGGUGUACUAUAGCUAUGUAGAGUUACAUUGUUACAGCGGCUUGGACUGCAAGCCGUCGAGCGAGAGCUUUAAUUGUUCAUAGCGAAACUAAUUAGCUAGUGUGUUAGAUAUCGUCGGCCUUCCAUUCGAUUAAGAAUUUGUUUUGGUACAAAUGUAUAUGUAUAUGAAUUUGUCGUAUUAUAUAUUUUUAUUCCGUGCGUGCAUUUCGUCUAUGUGUGCGGGAUAGUGUGAUAUUAGUUUUAAUUUCAAGAGUUACGUAUAAUCUCUGUGUACAUUAGUGUUGUGAGUCUAUGUGUAGUUUGUAUUUAUUCAAAUCUCAUGAUUUAUUAGAUAUAACAGAAUACGCUUAUAAGUUGAUUUUAUAAUAAUCUUAGUAUAUUUUGUAUAUUACCUGUAUUAAGGUAUUGUAUGUAAUUUAAUAUGGUGGAUUCGUUGUGGAUGUAUUUAAUUGGUGUGUUUAACAUUUAGUUCUAGAAACGUAAACAAAUAUCCAUCUAUAACGCUUAUGAUAAUAUCCUAUUGUAACUAUAUGUGUAGUUCAGCAUGAUCGUAACUAUAUUCAGUAAACCAUUUGUAUGAACAGAUUUCUUUAUUGAAAUUAAAGGAUAAAAUUGGAUCCAAAAAAAAAAUAUUUAAGAAUGGGUCACUUUGUUUACAUUUCUAGAAAUGGCUGAUGAAUCCACUAUGCGUAAGAUAUUUUGAUCUCUGUUGCUCUCAUGACGCGUGCAUUUAUUAACAUAAAAUGCAAGGUUGUCGUCACAUUGUACUUAUGCGUAACAAUUAAUAAUAUUUAUAGAUAUAUCAAGCUAUUAAUGUAUUCAAAUAUUGAUAUCAAACAGUUGAAGAAAGUGGCAUUGUUUGUUAAAGCUGAAGCCUUGCGCAACUUUUUACUCAUUUUUUAUUUAAAGUAAAUCAAAGAGAAAUAAAUUUGCAAAUAAAAAAAAUGUAGUUCGAAAUUUGAAAAUACGUUACUAAAAAUUCUUGCCAGUUGUAAGAAUGUUCGUUCGGUGCGUUUUUGUUAUAAAAAAGUAUUUGAGCGAUGCGUGUGUUAUAUUUAUAGAAAUUGGCCCAAAAUUUGUGUCUUAAAGCCAUUUACGUACUUAAGAUUUUCAAAAUUCGAGUUGACAUUCAUUUUGAUUUUAUUUUGCCAAAUAACAUAGUAUUUUAGGCCGUAUUGUAAAAAACCGAUACUGUCACAAUCAAAUACAAUAAACACGAUUUCGAUAAA